GUGCUCACAUGUCUCCUCCUCUUCCUCCUCCCUGCUUUUUUUUUCUCCACCUUUUCUUUUUUGUGCUUUGAUUAGCUGUGGAAAAAAAAAAACUUUCAACUCCUCAGGUCAACAAGAUCAAGAAGGGUAUGAACAUAGAGAAGAAGAAGAUCCAAAGCGAAUAGGGAAGAAAAAUGAAGGAAGGAAGUGAUGGGUUUGUUCGAGCAGAUCAGAUCGAUCUGAAGAGCUUAGACGAGCAGCUUGAGAGACAUUUGACGAGGGCUUUGACUCUGGAGAAGAACAGGAAGAAAGAUGAAGACGACGGCGUCACCGUCGCCGGAGCCGCCGCAUCCUCCGGUGGAUUAGCUCUCAACGGCGGCGGAGUACAGCUGAGGAGGCAGAGACACGAGUGGGAAAUCGACCCUUCAAAGCUCAUCAUCAAAGGGGUCAUCGCACGUGGCACAUUUGGGACCGUCCAUCGCGGAAUCUACGACGGCCAUGACGUCGCCGUGAAGUUGCUUGAUUGGGGUGAAGAAGGUCACAGGACAGAUGCUGAGAUCUCGUCUCUGAGGGCAGCUUUUGCACAGGAAGUUGCAGUGUGGCAUAAACUCCAUCACCCUAAUGUUACUAAGUUCAUAGGGGCUACAAUGGGUGCGACAGGCCUACAGCUACAAACCGAGAGUGGUCCAAUAGCAAUGCCAAACAACAUUUGUUGUGUUGUGGUGGAAUAUCUUCAGGGCGGUGCGUUAAAAUCAUAUCUCAUAAAGAACCGGAGAAGAAAAUUGGCGUUUACAGUCGUCAUUCAGCUCGCUCUUGAUCUCGCUAGAGGGUUGAGUUACCUUCAUUCACAGAAGAUUGUUCACCGAGAUGUAAAGACAGAGAACAUGUUGUUGGACAAGACACGCACUGUCAAAAUAGCCGAUUUCGGAGUUGCAAGAGUUGAGGCGUCUAAUCCCAAUGACAUGACAGGAGAAACUGGGACACUUGGCUAUAUGGCUCCCGAGGUUCUCAACGGAAACCCGUAUAAUAGAAAAUGCGACGUGUACAGUUUUGGCAUAUGCUUAUGGGAGAUAUAUUGUUGUGACAUGCCAUACCCUGAUCUCACUUUCGCCGAGGUGACUUCAGCUGUUGUCCGUCAGAACCUGAGACCGGAGAUACCGAGAUGUUGCCCGAGCUCGCUCGCUGCAGUCAUGAAGCGAUGCUGGGACGCGAAUCCAGACAAGAGGCCGGAGAUGGACGAGGCUGUCUCGAUGCUCGAGGGCAUCGACACAACAAAGGGAGGCGGGAUGAUCCCUCUUGAUCAGCAGCAGGGUUGCUUAUGCUUCCGCAGGAAACGCGGUCCUUAAACGAAACCAACAAUCCGUCAUUACUCAAAGACAGACCCCGAAACUCUAAAAGUCUCGUUAUUGUUGUUUGGUAUCCUCAUGAAGUCAUGUAAUGUAUAAGCCAAUGGUGGUUCAAAUGGAGGGGGGGAAGGGGAAACGAUGAUGUAAAGCUUUGUUGGACUUUUCAUUAUUCUUUUAACUUUCCCUUUUCUUUUA